AUGAUUUAUGUGCGAUGUGGGGUUGCCUUCUCGCCCGUCAGUCUCCCGGUGAAGCUGGGCGACAGUAAGCCCCGCCCCCUCCCUCUCCACUCGCUUAUCGGCGUCACAGCUGCUCCUUCUCAGCUCUUUAUCCACUGCGCUCUCUCUCUUCACGUCACGACCACUCACCCGCCAUCCAGGCCCGAGCCGAGGUCAGUGAACUCGGCUGCAAUGCUAAUUAUGACCUGCGGGGGGCUGCGGUUCUCGGUGGACCGGGAACCUGCCUUCACCUCUGCAGCUCUGAAGCAGGUGUGCCGGUCACGCAUGCACGCAGACUAA